AUGGGCGCGGCCGUGCGCUGGCACCUGUGCGUGCUGCUCGCCCUGGGCGCGCGCGGGCAGCUGGCGGGGGGCAGCGGGCUCCCAGGGGACGUGGACGUGGACGAGUGCUCGGAGGGCACGGACGAAUGCCACAUCGAUGCCAUCUGCCAGAACACGCCCAAGUCCUACCGGUGCCUCUGCAAGCCCGGCUUCCAGGGGGAAGGCUGGAAGGGGGGAGGCAAGAAGUGCGAAGACAUCGACGAGUGUGAGAUCGACGCCUACAACGGGGGCUGCGUCCACGAGUGCAUCAACAUCCCGGGGAACUACAGGUGCACCUGCUUCGACGGCUUCACGCUGGCACAUGACGGACACAACUGCCUGGACGUGGACGAGUGUCAGGACAACAAUGGCGGCUGCCAGCAGAUCUGUGUCAACGCCCUGGGCAGCUACGAGUGUCAGUGCCACAGCGGCUUCUUCCUCAGCGACAACCAGCACACCUGCAUCCACCGCUCCAACGAGGGUAUGAACUGCAUGAACAAAGACCAUGGCUGUGCCCACAUCUGCCGGGAGACACCCAAAGGUGGGGUGGCCUGCGACUGCAGGCCCGGCUUUGACCUUGCCCCAAACCAGAAGGACUGCACACUGACCUGUAACUAUGGGAACGGAGGCUGCCAGCACAGCUGUGAGGACACAGACACAGGCCCCCUGUGCGGCUGCCACCAGAAGUACGCCCUCCACUCGGACGGUCGGACGUGCAUCGAGACAUGUGCCGUCAACAACGGAGGCUGCGACCGGACGUGCAAGGACACAGCCACGGGCGUGCGGUGCAGCUGCCCCGUGGGGUUCGCCCUGCAGCCUGACGGGAAGACGUGCAAAGACAUCGACGAGUGCCUGGCCAACAACGGGGGCUGCGACCACUCCUGCCGCAACGCCGUGGGCAGCUUCGAGUGCGGCUGCCGCAAGGGCCACCGGCUGCUGAGCGACGAGCGGACGUGCCAAGACAUCGACGAGUGCUCCUUCGCGCGGACCUGCGACCACAUCUGCAUCAACUCGCCCGGCAGCUUCCAGUGCCUGUGCCACCGCGGUUACUCGCUCUACGGGACGACCCACUGCGGAGACGUGGACGAGUGCAGCGUGAGCAACGGGGGCUGCGACCAGGGCUGCGUCAACACCAAGGGCAGCUUCCAAUGUGUCUGCCCCCCGGGGAGGCGGCUCCACUGGAACCGGAAGGACUGCGUGGACACGGGCGGGUGCCCUGCUCCGGCCCAGGCUGCCCCGCAGGCCCAGCUGUGGUGCAGCAAGGCGGGCGGCGUGGAGAGCUGCUCCCUCGCCUGCCCGGCACACACGCUCUUCCUGCCAGACUCGGAGAACAGCUACAGCCUGAGCUGCGGGGUGCCCAGCCUCCAGGGCAGGACGCCACAGACGCGCAACGGCACCAGCCCCGGCGCCGGGCCCAGCUGCGCAGGUGCCCCCGCCGCCCCCAUCAGGCAGAAGGCGCGCUUCAAGAUCCGCGAUGCCAAGUGCCACCUCUGGCCCCGCAGCGGGGAGCCAGCUAAGGAGGCCCCCAGCCAGCCACUGCUGGAAAACAGCCGCGUGACCUUUGUGACCCUCAAGUGUGACUCCUCCAAGAAGAGGCGCCGUGGCCGGAAGUCCCCGUCCAAGGAGGUCGCCCACGUCACGGCGGAGCUGGAGGUGGAGACAAAGGCGGAAGAGGCCUCAGACACCUGCGAGGCGGACUGCGGGCGGCGGCGGGCGGAGCAGAGCGUGCAGGCGGCCAUCAGGACGCUGCGGAAGGCCGUCAGCCGGCAGCUCUUCUCCGUCCAGGUGGCGGGCACCGAGUACGAGGUGGCCCAGCAGCCGGCCAAGGCCCCGGAGGGCCCGGGCACGUGCAGCACAGGCCAGACGCUGCAGGACGGCACAUGCAUGGCCUGCGAGCCCGGCACCUACUUCCGCGGGGACUCCGGCCGGUGUGUGCCGUGCGCGCCGGGCACCUACCAGGACAGGGAAGGCCAGCUCAGCUGCACUCCGUGCCCCAGCAGCGACGGGCUUGGCCUGGCCGGUGCCCGCAACGUGUCUGAAUGUGGAGGCCAGUGCUCUCCCGGCUCCUUCUCCGCUGACGGCUUCCGGCCCUGCCAGGCCUGCCCGGUGGGCACGUACCAGCCGGAGCCUGGGCGCACCGGCUGCUUCCCCUGCGGAGGGGGGCUGCUCACCAAGCACGAAGGCUCAGCCUCCUUCCAAGACUGCGAGGCCAAAGUGCACUGCUCCCCCGGCCAUCACUACAACACCACCUCCCACCGCUGCGUCCGCUGCCCCGUCGGCACCUACCAGCCCGAGUUCGGCCAGAACCACUGCAUCACCUGCCCCGGCAGCACCAGCACCGACUUCGAUGGCUCCACCAACAUCACCCACUGCAAAAACCAGCACUGCGGCGGGGAGCUUGGCGACUACAUGGGCUACAUCGAGUCCCCCAACUACCCCGGCGACUACCCGGCCAACGCCGAGUGCGUGUGGCACAUCUCCCCGCCCCCCAAGCGCAGGAUCCUCAUCGUGGUCCCCGAGAUCUUCCUGCCCAGCGAGGACGAGUGCGGCGACGUGCUGGUCAUGCGCAAGAGCGCCUCGCCCACGUCCAUCACCACCUACGAGACCUGCCAGACCUACGAGCGGCCCAUCGCCUUCACCUCCCGCUCCCGGAAGCUCUGGAUCCAGUUCAAGUCCAACGAGGGCAACAGCGGCAAAGGCUUCCAGGUGCCCUACGUCACCUACGACGAGGACUACCAGCAGCUGAUCGAGGACAUCGUCCGGGACGGGCGGCUCUACGCCUCGGAGAACCACCAGGAGAUUUUGAAGGACAAGAAGCUGAUCAAGGCGCUCUUCGAUGUGCUGGCGCACCCCCAGAACUACUUCAAGGUCACGGCCCAGGAGUCCAAGGAGAUGUUCCCGCGCUCCUUCAUCAAGCUGCUGCGCUCCAAAGUGUCCCGCUUCCUGCGGCCCUACAAGUAG